AUGGCGGCUUCCGAUCUUCAAAAACCUAAGUCUGAAGCACCAGGAAUCGGCUCUGCGUUGCUUGCGGGUAGCGUCACACUCGAAAUCGGCCCUUAUCAUCUGAAGUACAGCGUCCACAAGGCUUUGCUGGUAUAUCAUUCUGAGUACUUCCACAAUGCGCUUAGGGACUCCUGGAAAGAAGGAAAGGAGAACCUGAUCGUACUCGAAGAUGUGGAGCCAGAACCAGGUAAUUCUUCGCUCUUAGCAGGUUUGAACCUUAACAUCUUCCUGCACUGGCUUUACACAGGGAGUCUUCCAAGCCUGGUAGAUUAUGCGGAGUGGGCGCGGAUUGGCGGAAUAGGCAGUGUUGAGACGCAGAUCAAGGCGUACGCCUUCGCUGAUCGAUUUCUGGCACAUGAGUUCCGACGCACCAUCAACAACAAUGUAGCGGAACAAAUGAGGCUCAAAGACAACUUUCUAGUCUCUGACAUCUUGGCCAUGGCACGAAUAGCAUUUUCGAGUAUCCCUUCUGACCGGCCUCUCUUGCAACUUAUUGUGGACGAGCACUGCACGUUCUGGAAGAACUGCUGCGAGGAACCAUCACGGCUGACGGACUUUCCCCCCGCGUUUCUGGCUCGCGUAACGAGGCGUCUGUGUGAGCUACUCGAAGAUCAAAUCUGCCUGCAGUCGAGUAGUGGAGAGUGGUGCUACUUUGAGCAUGCCGACGAGGCGGAGAUGGUUGCUUGUGGGAAACUCCACAUGCAGUAUGAUGAGGAGAAAGACAUGGGAUUCUUUGGGAAGAAGAUACUGUGUGAGAAUUGUUGGAUCAACGAGCCGUCCUUACUUUCAUCUUCAGGCUCCGACUCCAGCUCAGAUUCAGAAUCGGGUUGA